AUGGCUCCCAUCGGUUCGCUCUACGGCUACCCCGGCCACGGCAAGAUUGUCCGCGCCCUUGCCGCCGCCAAGUACAACGGUGUCGAGCUGGACCUCGUCCAGACUGUCCCCUCGAACGGCGACACCCAGAAGCCCGAGUACCUUGCCGACUUCCCCUACGGCAAGAUCCCGGCUUUCAAGGGCACUGACGGCUUCAAGCUCACCGAGAGCCGCGCCAUCGCCCGCUACAUCGCCGGUCUCUCGGACAACAGCAAGCUUCUCGGCACCGACGCCAAGUCGGCCGCCGAGGUCGAGCAGUGGAUCGACUUUGCCGACGAGGAGAUCUGGAACAACUUCGUCACCAUCCUCCUCCUCACCAAGAACAUCCUGCCCUACAACAAGGCGGCCGAGACCAAGGCCUGGGACUCGCUCCACCGCGCCUCCAAGUUCCUCGAGGCCUCGCUCAAGAAGAAGACUUUCCUCGUCGGCCACCGUGUCACCCUCGCCGACCUGACGGUCGCGAGCAACCUCCAGUCGCUCUACGGCAUGAUCGCCGGCCAGGAGUUCCGCUCGCAGUACCCCAACACGGCACGAUACUACCAGACCAUUGCCGGUCAGCCCACCGUCCUGGACCUCUUCAAGAUGGAGCAGCGCUCCGAGAACGCCAAGUUUGUCGCGCCCAAGAAGGAGGAGAAGCCCAAGGCGGCGCCUGCGCCCAAGAAGGAGGCCGCCAAACCCAAGGCUAAGGAGGUCGACGACGAGGACGACGAGCCCAAGGCGGCCCCGCCGCCCAAGAACCCGCUCGACAGCCUGCCCAAGUCGUCGUUCAUCCUUGACGAGUGGAAGCGCACCUACUCGAACGAGGACACCCGCCCCAAGGCGCUCCCCUGGUUCUUUGAGAACUUUGACUACGACGGCUACUCGGUCGUCAAGCUCGACUACAAGUACAACGACGAGCUUACUCUGCUCUUCAUGUCGUCCAACCUCAUCACGGGCCUCCACACCCGCCUCGAGGCCAACCGCAAGUACAUCAUGGGCACCAUGGGCGUGUUCGGCGAGAACAACAACAACGCCAUCUCCGGUGUCUACGUCGUCCGCGGCCAGAACCCCGCCGAGGUCCUCUCGUGCGCCCCCGACAUCGAGAGCUACAGCAUCACCCCGCUUGACCUCAAGAAGGACGAGGACAAGAAGCUCUUCGAGGACUACAUGGCCUGGGAGGCUGUCACGCCCGACGGCAAGCAGUGGGCCGACGGAAAGAUCAUGAAGUAG